AUGGCACAGCAUCAAUGUCACAAUGUCUUCAAAGGACCAGACUCAAUGGUUCAAUACUUCAAUCCAGAUUUGCAACCGUUCCUGCCUUUAGUUGAGAUCCCCGACAAACUGAACCCUUUCCGAAGCAGCAAUGUGCGGAUAUACGCUAAAAUGCUCACCGCACUGCCGGCGCAAAAUGUGAAAAUGCUUCCAGGCAAACAAUCCAUUCAUGUAAAAGCAAGCCCCUCUGGCUCAACGGCUCUCUCACUUGGCAUGGUUUCUCGAGUCUUGUGGGGGAAUGAGGAUGUUUGUGCAUAUGUGACGAACAAGAAACAUCCAGACCAGCUGCGAACUCUGCGUUUCUUUGGACUUAGAGUUUCCCUUUACGGAGGUUUAGCACAGCAAGAGCCCGACGAUGCGAAUGGCAUCAUGUGUAGAUUAAGAAACUUGGCCACAAAUGAUGAGACGAUUAGCUAUCCCGGACAAUACGAUAACGAUGAUGCAAGUUCACUUGAAUCGCAUGAGCGCUGGACAGGUCCGCAAAUUUGGCAACAACUACCUGAUAUAAAUAUUUUUUGCACUACAGUGGGAACAGGAGCAGGAUGCAUCACUGGGACAGGAAAGCACUUGAAAUCGCAGAAGCAAGCAGUGAAAGUUGUUGGAAUCUGCAAUGUGUUCGGAGACCCGACUCCAGGGCCAAGGCAUUAUCCCAAAUUCGAGAGCUGCAAGUUUCCUUGGAGGGAGAAUAUAGACGCUUUUGAAACAGUUGCAUCCGUUGAAUCUUACGAGAUGUCGAUGCAGCUCUCACGUGAAGGUUUGAUCUGCGGACCAUCCUUUGGAGAAGCUUUAGUUGGACUACUCCGGUACUUGAAGAAGCUCGAAGCUACAGGCCGUCUCGAGGAGCUCAAGGGCGAAACAAGUGGAGACAUAUCUUGUGUUUUUGUUUGUUGUGAUCUGCCGUAUCAAUACAUGGAUGGCUAUUUUCAAAAGAUACAAGACGACAAGUUCCCCCCAAUUCUGAACGAGGUGCGAUCUGCUUUAGUUAUUCUUGUACUAAUUCGCACUGACAAUAAAGAUCCUCCUUAAAUGCGACCAGGACAAAUACGACGAACGCUGGGAGCUGAGGCCCGAUCAAAUCCUUCGAGCUAUCUCGAGCAGAAUGAAAG